AUGUGGCCUUGCUCCUACGGCGGCGGGCGGCGAUUCGACAAAACCCCCGAAACACUCUGCGCCCAACUUCCCGCCUUUCACAGUCGCGCUGGACGGGGCAACCAGCCAGGCAUGGCUUGUGUCGUCGGGCGCCUGCUUUCCGUUGACAACUUUUUGGAAAUGCCGCAUGUGCCGUCGCAGGUGCCUGAAGAAGGCUCGUUCGUUGCGCGAUAUUUCGUCCAGGAUGCGCCCGAGAGUUUCGACGCGACCCCUGAAGCUCCUGCCGCUCCGAAAGUCUGGUUGACUCCAUACUUCAGCCCUGCCAAGGUGGGCGGCGACCCGAAACUCCCGAGAAGAGCGGCAACCCGAUCGGCAGACGACGCCGCAUGA